GGUGGCGGCGGCCGGCGGGCGGGCCGGGGCGGGGCCGGCGGCGGGCGGCUGGCUUUAGGGCGGAGCCGGCUCCGCUCGCCGCAGUCGGCCGCGGGCUAGCGGACGGGGCGGCUCCGGGCGCCCGUUUCUCUCGGCCUCUCGGCUCUCUCUCGCGCGCGCGGUCGCGGCCACCCCCCCCCUCGCGGCGGCCCCCGGGUCCCCAGCGCGGCGCCAUGUCGGAGCCCGGCGGCGGCGGCGGCGGCGAGGACGGCUCGGCCGGCCUGGAGGUGUCGGCGGUGCAGAACGUGGCCGACGUGGCGGUGCUGCAGAAGCACCUGCGCAAGCUGGUGCCGCUGCUGCUGGAGGACGGCGGCGAGGCGCCCGCGGCGCUGGAGGCGGCGCUGGAGGAGAAGAGCGCGCUCGAGCAGAUGCGCAAGUUCCUGUCGGACCCGCAGGUCCACACGGUGCUGGUGGAGCGCUCCACCCUGAAAGAGGAUGUUGGUGAUGAAGGAGAAGAAGAAAAAGAAUUCAUUUCCUACAACAUCAACAUAGACAUCCAUUAUGGGGUGAAGUCCAACAGCUUGGCAUUCAUUAAGCGCACCCCUGUGAUUGACGCAGAUAAGCCAGUGUCUUCCCAGCUUCGCGUGCUCACGCUCAGCGAAGACUCGCCCUACGAAACACUGCAUUCUUUCAUUAGCAAUGCAGUGGCUCCAUUUUUCAAGUCCUACAUCAGAGAGUCGGGCAAGGCAGACAGGGACGGUGAUAAGAUGGCUCCUUCGGUCGAGAAGAAGAUCGCGGAACUUGAAAUGGGACUCCUUCACUUGCAACAGAACAUUGAGAUUCCAGAGAUCAGCCUUCCAAUCCAUCCCAUCAUCACAAAUGUGGCGAAACAGUGUUAUGAACGUGGAGAAAAGCCAAAAGUUACAGACUUUGGAGAUAAAGUUGAAGAUCCAACAUUUCUCAACCAACUGCAAUCUGGAGUUAACCGCUGGAUCCGAGAAAUUCAAAAAGUGACCAAACUGGACCGAGACCCCGCAUCAGGAACUGCCUUACAGGAAAUCAGCUUUUGGCUAAACUUGGAGCGUGCGUUAUACCGCAUCCAAGAGAAACGGGAGAGCCCAGAGGUCCUCCUGACCCUGGACAUCCUGAAGCACGGCAAGCGUUUCCACGCCACUGUCAGCUUCGACACCGACACAGGUCUAAAGCAGGCACUGGAGACAGUGAAUGACUACAACCCGCUGAUGAAAGACUUCCCCCUGAAUGACUUACUCUCUGCCACUGAGCUGGACAAGAUAAGGCAGGCACUUGUUGCAAUUUUCACCCAUUUGAGGAAAAUCCGAAACACCAAAUAUCCCAUUCAGAGGGCCCUGCGUUUGGUGGAGGCAAUUUCAAGAGACUUGAGUUCCCAGUUACUCAAAGUAUUGGGGACAAGGAAAUUAAUGCACGUUGCUUAUGAGGAAUUUGAAAAGGUGAUGGUAGCUUGCUUCGAGGUUUUCCAGACUUGGGAUGACGAGUAUGAGAAACUGCAGGUGUUGCUCAGAGACAUUGUCAAGAGAAAGAGGGAGGAGAAUCUGAAGAUGGUGUGGCGCAUCAAUCCUGCUCACAGGAAGCUCCAGGCUCGCCUGGACCAGAUGAGAAAGUUCAGACGCCAGCACGAACAGCUGAGAGCCGUCAUUGUCAGGGUCCUGAGGCCACAGGUCACAGCUGUUGCCCAGCAGAAUCAGGGUGAGGUUCCUGAGCCCCAGGACAUGAAGGUGGCGGAGGUGCUCUUCGAUGCUGCGGACGCCAAUGCCAUCGAGGAGGUCAACCUGGCCUACGAGAACGUCAAGGAGGUGGAUGGGCUGGACGUUUCCAAAGAAGGCACAGAGGCGUGGGAGGCAGCGAUGAAGAGAUACGACGAGAGGAUCGACCGCGUGGAGACCCGCAUCACCGCGCGCCUCCGGGAUCAGCUGGGCACAGCCAAGAACGCCAACGAGAUGUUCAGGAUUUUCUCCAGGUUCAACGCGCUGUUCGUCCGCCCUCACAUCCGCGGCGCCAUCCGUGAAUACCAGACCCAGCUGAUCCAGCGGGUGAAAGAUGACAUCGAGUCCCUGCACGACAAGUUCAAGGUCCAGUACCCACAAAGCCAGGCUUGUAAGAUGAGUCACGUUCGCGACCUGCCCCCUGUGUCGGGGUCCAUCAUCUGGGCUAAACAGAUCGACCGACAGCUCACUGCCUACAUGAAGCGCGUGGAGGACGUCCUGGGCAAGGGCUGGGAGAACCACGUGGAGGGCCAGAAGCUGAAGCAGGACGGAGACAGCUUCCGCAUGAAGCUCAACACCCAGGAGAUCUUCGACGACUGGGCGAGGAAGGUGCAGCAGCGCAACCUGGGCGUGUCGGGGCGCAUCUUCACCAUCGAGAGCACGCGCGUCCGGGGCCGAACCGGCAACGUCCUGAAGCUGAAAGUGAACUUCCUUCCCGAGAUCAUCACGCUUUCAAAAGAGGUCCGCAACCUCAAGUGGCUGGGCUUCCGGGUCCCGCUGGCCAUCGUAAACAAGGCCCAUCAAGCCAACCAGCUCUACCCGUUUGCCAUCUCACUGAUUGAAAGCGUCCGGACCUACGAGCGCACCUGCGAGAAGGUGGAGGAGCGCAACACCAUUUCCCUGUUGGUGGCUGGCCUGAAAAAGGAAGUGCAGGCCUUGAUCGCCGAGGGCAUCGCCUUGGUGUGGGAGUCCUACAAGCUCGACCCCUAUGUGCAGCGCCUCGCGGAGACCGUCUUCAACUUCCAGGAAAAGGUGGAUGAUCUCCUGAUUAUUGAAGAAAAGAUCGACUUGGAAGUCCGUUCCUUGGAAACCUGCAUGUACGAUCAUAAGACGUUCUCUGAGAUCUUGAACCGAGUCCAGAAAGCCGUGGAUGACUUGAAUCUGCACUCAUACUCCAACCUGCCCAUCUGGGUGAACAAGCUUGAUAUGGAGAUUGAGAGGAUAUUGGGCGUCCGUCUGCAAGCCGGCCUGAGGGCUUGGACCCAGGUGCUUCUGGGCCAGGCUGAAGAUAAAGCAGAAGUGGACAUGGACACAGACGCCCCACAGCUCAGCCACAAGCCCGGUGGAGAGCCGAAGAUCAAAAAUGUUGUUCAUGAGCUAAGAAUAACCAAUCAGGUUAUCUAUCUGAACCCCCCGAUUGAAGAGUGCAGAUACAAGCUCUACCAGGAAAUGUUCGCCUGGAAGAUGGUCGUGCUGUCGCUGCCCCGGAUCCAGAGUCAGAGGUACCAGGUGGGCGUGCAUUAUGAAUUGACGGAAGAAGAGAAGUUCUAUCGGAAUGCUUUGACGCGGAUGCCUGAUGGCCCUGUUGCCCUGGAAGAGUCGUACUCUGCAGUCAUGGGCAUCGUGACCGAGGUGGAACAGUACGUUAAGGUUUGGCUUCAGUACCAGUGCCUGUGGGAUAUGCAAGCUGAAAACAUCUACAACCGCCUCGGGGAAGACCUCAACAAGUGGCAGGCGCUGCUGGUCCAGAUCCGGAAGGCCAGAGGGACUUUUGACAACGCUGAGACCAAGAAAGAGUUUGGGCCGGUGGUUAUAGAUUAUGGCAAGGUGCAAUCCAAAGUGAACCUGAAGUAUGACUCCUGGCAUAAGGAAGUUCUCAGCAAAUUUGGCCAGAUGCUAGGAUCAAACAUGACGGAAUUCCACUCGCAGAUCUCGAAGUCUCGCCAAGAGCUGGAGCAGCACUCCGUGGACACAGCCAGCACCUCCGACGCCGUGACCUUCAUCACCUACGUGCAGUCUCUGAAACGGAAGAUCAAGCAGUUUGAGAAACAAGUUGAGCUUUACCGCAAUGGUCAGCGUCUGCUGGAAAAACAAAGGUUCCAGUUUCCACCUUCCUGGCUUUAUAUCGACAACAUUGAGGGAGAGUGGGGGGCUUUCAAUGACAUCAUGCGGCGGAAAGACUCUGCCAUCCAGCAGCAGGUGGCCAACCUGCAGAUGAAGAUUGUGCAGGAGGACCGUGCUGUGGAAAGCCGUACCACCGACCUGCUGUCAGACUGGGAGAAGACCAAGCCUGUCACGGGCAACCUUCGCCCCGAGGAGGCUCUUCAGGCUCUGACCAUCUACGAAGGGAAGUUUGGCAGGCUGAAGGAUGACCGAGAGAAGUGUGCAAAGGCCAAGGAGGCGCUGGAGCUGACGGACACAGGACUUCUCAGUGGCAGCGAGGAGCGCGUGCAGGUGGCCCUAGAGGAAUUACAGGACCUCAAAGGUGUUUGGUCCGAGCUUUCUAAGGUCUGGGAACAGAUUGAUCAGAUGAAGGAGCAGCCGUGGGUCUCCGUGCAGCCUCGGAAGCUUCGACAAAAUUUAGAUGGCCUUUUGAACCAGCUGAAGAACUUUCCUGCCCGGCUUCGACAGUACGCCUCCUAUGAGUUUGUUCAGAGGCUGCUGAAAGGUUACAUGAAGAUCAACAUGCUGGUGAUCGAACUGAAAUCGGAAGCCCUUAAAGACCGGCACUGGAAGCAGCUGAUGAAGCGGCUGCACGUGAACUGGGUGCUGUCUGAGCUGACCCUGGGCCAGAUCUGGGACGUGGACCUGCAGAAGAACGAAGCUGUGGUCAAGGACGUGCUGCUGGUGGCGCAGGGGGAGAUGGCUCUGGAGGAGUUUUUGAAGCAGAUUCGGGAAGUAUGGAACACCUACGAACUCGACCUGGUCAACUACCAGAACAAGUGCCGCCUGAUCCGAGGCUGGGAUGACCUCUUCAACAAGGUCAAAGAGCACAUUAACAGCGUCUCCGCCAUGAAGCUCUCUCCCUAUUACAAGGUUUUCGAGGAGGAUGCCCUGUCCUGGGAAGACAAACUGAACCGCAUCAUGGCUCUCUUUGAUGUGUGGAUCGACGUGCAGAGGCGGUGGGUCUACCUGGAAGGCAUCUUCACAGGCAGUGCCGACAUCAAACACUUGCUCCCUGUGGAAACCCAGCGGUUCCAGAGUAUCAGCACGGAGUUUUUGGCUCUAAUGAAAAAAGUAUCCAAGUCUCCCCUUGUUAUGGACGUUCUGAACAUCCAGGGCGUGCAGAGGUCUCUAGAAAGGUUGGCAGACCUGCUUGGAAAGAUCCAGAAAGCCCUUGGAGAAUACCUGGAAAGAGAGCGCUCGUCUUUCCCCAGGUUCUAUUUUGUGGGUGACGAAGAUUUGCUUGAAAUCAUUGGAAACAGCAAGAACGUAGCUAAAUUGCAGAAACACUUCAAGAAGAUGUUUGCUGGCGUUUCAAGUAUCAUCCUAAAUGAAGAUAACUCCGUGGUCCUGGGCAUCUCGUCCCGGGAAGGGGAGGAGGUUAUGUUUAAAACUCCUGUGUCCAUCACCGAGCAUCCUAAAAUCAAUGAAUGGCUCACACUGGUGGAAAAGGAGAUGAGAGUCACCCUCGCUAAACUUCUUGCUGAGUCUGUUACAGAAGUAGAGAUCUUUGGCAAAGCAACCUCCAUCGACCCAAGCACCUACAUCACUUGGAUCGAUAAAUACCAGGCCCAGCUUGUGGUUCUGUCAGCCCAGAUAGCCUGGUCUGAGAACGUGGAGAAUGCCCUGAGCAGCAUUGGAGGAGGCGGGGACACCUCACCUCUGCAGUCUGUGCUGAGCAACGUCGAGGUCACUCUGAACGUGCUAGCGGACUCCGUCCUCAUGGAGCAGCCCCCACUCCGCAGACGGAAGCUGGAGCACCUGAUUACAGAAUUGGUUCACCAGAGAGAUGUUACGAGGUCCUUGAUCAAAAGCAAGAUUGACAACGCCAAAUCGUUUGAGUGGCUCAGCCAGAUGCGGUUUUACUUUGACCCCAAGCAAACUGAUGUGCUACAGCAGUUGUCCAUUCAAAUGGCAAAUGCCAAAUUUAACUAUGGCUUCGAGUACCUGGGGGUUCAGGACAAGCUGGUCCAGACCCCACUCACUGACCGCUGCUACCUGACAAUGACGCAAGCCUUGGAGGCCAGGCUAGGGGGCUCCCCAUUCGGGCCCGCUGGAACCGGGAAGACAGAGUCUGUGAAAGCCCUGGGCCAUCAGCUUGGGCGGUUUGUCUUGGUUUUCAACUGUGAUGAAACCUUUGAUUUCCAGGCGAUGGGGCGCAUCUUCGUGGGGCUUUGCCAGGUGGGCGCCUGGGGCUGCUUUGACGAGUUUAACCGCCUGGAGGAGCGGAUGCUCUCGGCCGUGUCCCAGCAGGUGCAGUGCAUCCAGGAAGCACUGCGAGAGCACUCCAACCCCAACUACGAUAAGACCUCGGCCCCCAUUACCUGUGAGCUCCUCAAUAAACAAGUCAAGGUGAGCCCGGACAUGGCCAUCUUCAUCACCAUGAACCCGGGCUACGCAGGCCGCUCCAACCUCCCGGACAACCUCAAGAAGCUGUUCCGGAGCUUGGCCAUGACCAAGCCGGACCGCCAGCUCAUCGCCCAGGUCAUGCUCUACUCGCAGGGCUUCCGCACCGCCGAGGUGCUGGCCAACAAGAUCGUCCCGUUCUUCAAACUGUGUGACGAGCAGCUGUCUUCUCAGAGCCACUACGACUUUGGGCUUCGGGCCUUGAAGAGCGUGCUGGUGAGCGCUGGCAACGUGAAGAGGGAGCGGAUUCAGAAGAUCAAGCGGGAGAAGGAGGAGCGAGGCGAAGCGGUCGAUGAGGGAGAAAUUGCGGAGAAUCUGCCCGAGCAGGAGAUCCUCAUUCAGAGCGUCUGUGAGACCAUGGUGCCCAAGCUGGUGGCGGAAGACAUCCCCCUGCUGUUCAGCCUCUUGUCGGACGUGUUCCCCGGAGUGCAGUACCACCGUGGGGAGAUGACCGCCCUCCGCGAGGAGCUGAAGAAAGUGUGUCAGGAGAUGUACUUGACGUACGGUGACGGAGAAGAAGUGGGCGGAAUGUGGGUUGAGAAGGUUCUCCAGCUGUACCAGAUCACCCAGAUCAAUCACGGUCUGAUGAUGGUGGGGCCUUCGGGCAGCGGGAAGAGCAUGGCCUGGCGAGUGCUGCUGAAGGCUCUGGAGAGGCUGGAGGGCGUGGAGGGCGUGGCCCACAUCAUCGACCCGAAGGCCAUCAGCAAAGACCACCUCUACGGAACCCUGGACCCCAACACCCGGGAGUGGACCGACGGGCUCUUCACCCACGUGCUCAGGAAGAUCAUAGACAACGUGCGAGGCGAGCUCCAGAAGCGCCAGUGGAUCGUGUUUGAUGGUGAUGUGGACCCCGAGUGGGUGGAGAACCUGAACUCGGUGCUAGACGACAACAAGCUCCUGACGCUGCCCAACGGAGAGCGGCUCAGCCUCCCGCCCAAUGUGCGAAUCAUGUUUGAAGUGCAGGACCUCAAGUAUGCGACCCUGGCCACAGUGUCGCGCUGCGGCAUGGUGUGGUUCAGCGAGGACGUGCUCAGCACAGACAUGAUCUUCAACAACUUCCUGGCCAGGCUGCGCAGCAUCCCCCUGGACGAGGGGGAGGACGAGGCCCAGCGGCGGCGCAAGGGCAAGGAGGACGAGGGAGAGGAGGCCGCGUCCCCGAUGCUGCAGAUCCAAAGGGACGCGGCAACCAUCAUGCAGCCGUACUUCACGUCCAACGGCCUGGUCACCAAGGCCCUGGAGCACGCCUUCAAGCUGGAGCACAUCAUGGACCUGACGCGCCUGCGCUGCCUGGGCUCGCUCUUCUCCAUGCUGCACCAGGCCUGCCGCAACGUCGCGCAGUACAACGCCAACCACCCCGACUUCCCCAUGCACAUCGAGCAGCUGGAGCGCUACAUCCAGCGGUACCUGGUGUACGCCAUCCUCUGGUCCCUGUCUGGAGACAGCCGGCUGAAAAUGCGAGCCGAGCUGGGGGAAUACAUCAGACGCAUCACCACGGUGCCGCUGCCCACCGCGCCCAACAUCCCCAUCAUCGACUAUGAGGUGUCCAUCAGUGGGGAGUGGGCCCCGUGGCAGGCCAAGGUGCCCCAGAUCGAAGUGGAGACGCACAAGGUGGCCGCCCCAGACGUCGUCGUGCCCACGCUGGACACGGUCCGCCACGAAGCUCUCUUGUACACAUGGCUGGCCGAACACAAGCCGCUGGUGUUGUGCGGCCCUCCGGGCUCUGGCAAGACAAUGACCCUCUUCAGUGCCCUCCGGGCCUUGCCCGACAUGGAGGUCGUGGGCCUGAACUUCUCCAGUGCCACCACCCCAGAGCUGCUCCUGAAGACGUUCGACCACUACUGCGAGUAUAGACGCACCCCCAACGGCGUCGUCCUGGCCCCCGUCCAGCUUGGGAAGUGGCUGGUGCUGUUCUGUGAUGAGAUCAACCUGCCGGAUAUGGAUAAAUACGGCACACAGAGGGUCAUCUCCUUCAUCCGGCAGAUGGUUGAGCACGGAGGCUUUUAUCGCACUUCAGAUCAAACAUGGGUGAAGCUGGAGCGGAUCCAGUUUGUGGGGGCCUGCAAUCCCCCCACCGACCCUGGGCGAAAGCCCCUGUCACACAGGUUCCUGCGGCACGUGCCCGUGGUGUACGUGGACUACCCGGGACCCGCCUCCCUGACCCAGAUCUACGGCACCUUCAACCGCGCCAUGCUGAGGCUCAUCCCCUCCCUGCGGACCUAUGCCGAGCCGCUCACGGCCGCCAUGGUGGAGUUCUACACCAUGUCUCAGGAGAGGUUCACUCAGGACACCCAGCCCCACUACAUCUACUCGCCUCGAGAGAUGACCAGGUGGGUCAGGGGCAUUUUCGAGGCCCUGAGACCCCUGGAGACUCUGCCCGUUGAAGGCCUCAUUCGGAUUUGGGCCCAUGAAGCCCUCCGUCUCUUCCAGGACAGGCUGGUGGAGGACGAGGAGCGGCGCUGGACCGACGAGAACAUUGACAUGGUGGCUCUGAAGCACUUCCCGAACAUCGACAAAGAGAAGGCCAUGAGCCGGCCCAUCCUGUACAGCAACUGGUUGUCAAAGGAUUAUAUCCCAGUCGACCAGGAAGAAUUGAGAGAUUAUGUCAAAGCUCGGCUGAAAGUCUUCUAUGAAGAAGAGCUUGAUGUUCCCCUAGUCCUGUUCAAUGAAGUGCUAGACCAUGUGCUCAGGAUUGACAGAAUCUUCCGUCAGCCCCAAGGCCACUUGCUUCUGAUUGGUGUUAGCGGUGCGGGCAAGACCACCCUGUCCCGGUUCGUGGCCUGGAUGAAUGGCUUGAGUGUGUACCAGAUAAAGGUCCACAGAAAGUACACCGGGGAAGAUUUCGACGAAGAUCUUCGGACCGUGCUGAGACGCUCGGGCUGUAAAAAUGAGAAGAUAGCAUUCAUAAUGGAUGAGUCCAACGUUCUGGACUCCGGGUUCCUGGAGCGAAUGAACACCCUGCUGGCCAACGGCGAGGUUCCGGGGCUCUUCGAAGGAGACGAGUACGCCACCCUGAUGACGCAGUGCAAAGAGGGGGCCCAGAAAGAGGGCUUGAUGCUCGACUCCCACGAGGAACUCUACAAGUGGUUCACCAGCCAGGUGAUCCGCAACCUGCACGUCGUGUUCACCAUGAACCCGUCCUCGGAGGGGCUCAAGGACCGGGCGGCCACCUCCCCCGCCCUCUUCAACAGGUGUGUGUUAAAUUGGUUUGGCGACUGGUCCACGGAAGCACUGUAUCAAGUUGGCAAAGAAUUCACCAGCAAAAUGGACCUGGAGAAGCCUAACUACAUGGUGCCGGAUUACAUGCCGGUGGUGUACGACAAGCUGCCGCAGCCCCCCACGCACCGCGAGGCCAUCGUCAACAGCUGCGUGUUUGUCCAUCAGACUCUUCACCAGGCGAACGCUCGUCUGGCAAAGCGAGGCGGCAGAACAAUGGCCAUCACACCACGCCACUACCUGGACUUCAUUAACCACUACGCCGACCUGUUCCACGAGAAGCGCAGUGAGCUGGAGGAGCAGCAGAUGCACCUGAACGUCGGGCUGAGGAAAAUAAAAGAGACAGUGGACCAGGUAGAAGAACUGCGUCGGGACUUGAGGAUAAAGAGCCAGGAGCUGGAGGUGAAGAACGCCGCCGCCAACGACAAACUGAAGAAGAUGGUGAAGGACCAGCAGGAGGCCGAGAAGAAAAAGGUCAUGAGCCAAGACAUCCAGGAGCAGCUGCACAAGCAGCAGGAGGUGAUUGCCGACAAGCAGAUGAGCGUCAAGGAGGACCUGGAUAAGGUGGAGCCUGCCGUCAUUGAGGCCCAGAACGCGGUGAAGUCCAUCAAGAAGCAGCACCUGGUGGAGGUGCGGUCCAUGGCCAACCCGCCCGCCGCCGUGAAGCUGGCCCUCGAGUCCAUCUGCCUGCUGCUGGGCGAGAGCACCACCGACUGGAAGCAGAUCCGCUCCAUCAUCAUGCGGGAGAACUUCAUCCCCACCAUCGUCAACUUCUCGGCCGAGGAGAUCAGUGACGCCAUAAGGGAGAAGAUGAAGAAGAACUACAUGUCCAACCCAAGCUACAAUUACGAGAUUGUCAACCGCGCCUCGCUGGCCUGUGGCCCCAUGGUGAAAUGGGCGAUCGCACAGCUGAACUACGCGGACAUGCUGAAGAGAGUGGAGCCCCUGCGGAACGAGCUGCAGAAGCUGGAAGACGAUGCCAAGGACAACCAGCAGAAGGCCAACGAGGUGGAGCAGAUGAUCCGCGACCUGGAGGCCAGCAUCGCGCGCUACAAGGAGGAGUACGCCGUCCUCAUCUCGGAGGCCCAGGCCAUCAAGGCCGACCUGGCAGCCGUCGAGGCCAAGGUGAACCGGAGCACCGCUCUCCUGAAGAGCUUGUCCGCCGAACGGGAACGAUGGGAAAAAACAAGCGAGACCUUCAAGAACCAGAUGUCCACCAUCGCCGGGGACUGCUUGCUGUCCGCCGCCUUCAUCGCCUACGCCGGGUACUUUGACCAGCAGAUGCGGCAGAACUUGUUCACCACCUGGUCUCACCACCUGCAGCAAGCCAACAUCCAGUUCCGCACAGACAUCGCGAGGACCGAGUACCUGUCCAACGCGGACGAGCGCCUGCGCUGGCAGGCCAGCUCCCUGCCCGCCGACGACCUGUGCACGGAGAACGCCAUCAUGCUGAAGCGCUUCAACCGGUAUCCUCUGAUCAUCGACCCCUCCGGACAGGCCACGGAGUUCAUUAUGAACGAAUACAAGGACCGCAAGAUCACGCGGACGAGCUUCUUGGACGACGCCUUCAGAAAGAACCUGGAGAGCGCGCUGAGAUUUGGGAACCCCCUUCUGGUCCAGGAUGUGGAGAGCUACGAUCCGGUCUUGAAUCCGGUGCUGAACCGCGAAGUUCGGCGCACAGGAGGGAGAGUGCUGAUCACCCUCGGCGACCAGGACAUAGACCUGUCGCCGUCAUUCGUCAUCUUCCUGUCCACCCGCGACCCCACGGUGGAGUUCCCUCCGGACCUGUGCUCCCGGGUCACCUUCGUGAACUUCACCGUCACCCGGAGCAGCCUGCAGAGCCAGUGUCUCAACGAGGUGCUGAAGGCGGAGAGGCCCGACGUGGACGAGAAGCGCUCCGAUCUUCUCAAGCUGCAAGGCGAGUUCCAGCUCCGCUUGCGCCAGCUGGAGAAGUCUCUGCUGCAAGCGCUGAACGAGGUGAAAGGUCGCAUCCUGGACGACGACACGAUCAUCACCACCCUGGAGAACCUGAAGCGCGAGGCCGCAGAGGUGACCCGCAAGGUGGAGGAGACGGACAUCGUGAUGCAGGAGGUGGAGACGGUGUCGCAGCAGUACCUGCCGCUCUCCACCGCCUGCAGCAGCAUCUACUUCACCAUGGAGUCGCUGAAGCAGAUACACUUCCUCUACCAGUACUCCCUGCAGUUCUUCCUGGACAUCUACCACAAUGUGCUGUACGAGAACCCCAACCUGAAGGGGGUCAGCGACCACACGCAGCGCCUCGCCACCGUCACCAGGGACCUCUUCCAGGUGGCGUUCAACCGAGUGGCCCGAGGCAUGCUGCACCAGGACCACAUCACCUUCGCCAUGCUGCUGGCCAGGAUCAAGCUGAAGGGCACCGCGGGGGAGCCCACCUACGAUGCUGAGUUCCAGCACUUCCUCCGCGGGAAGGAGAUUGUGCUGAGCGCCAGCUCCGCCCCCAAAGUCCCGGGCCUGACGGUGGAGCAGGCGGAAGCCGUGGUGAGGCUGAGCUGUCUGCCUGCGUUCAAAGAUCUGAUCGCCAAGGUUCAGGCAGACGAGCAGUUUGGCAUCUGGCUGGACAGCAGCUCCCCGGAGCAGACGGUGCCUUACGUCUGGAGCGAGGACACGCCUGCGACUCCCAUCGGACAGGCCAUCCACCGCCUGCUCUUGAUUCAGGCCUUCCGGCCCGACCGCUUGCUGGCCAUGGCCCACAUGUUCGUUUCCACCAACCUGGGCGAGUCCUUCAUGUCCAUCAUGGAGCAGCCGCUCGACCUGACGCACAUCGUGGGCACAGAGGUGAAGCCAAACACACCUGUCCUGAUGUGCUCUGUGCCCGGGUAUGAUGCCAGCGGGCACGUGGAAGACCUGGCGGCCGAGCAGAACACCCAGAUCACCUCGAUUGCCAUUGGCUCAGCGGAAGGCUUCAACCAAGCAGACAAGGCCAUCAACACCGCCGUGAAGUCGGGCAGGUGGGUGAUGCUGAAGAACGUGCACCUGGCCCCCGGGUGGUUGAUGCAGCUGGAGAAGAAGCUGCACUCGCUGCAGCCCCACGCCUGCUUCCGGCUGUUCCUCACCAUGGAGAUCAACCCCAAGGUGCCCGUGAACCUGCUCCGCGCAGGCCGCAUCUUCGUGUUCGAGCCGCCGCCGGGCGUGAAGGCCAACAUGCUGCGGACGUUCAGUAGCAUCCCUGUGUCUCGGAUAUGCAAGUCCCCCAACGAGCGUGCGCGCUUGUACUUCCUGCUGGCCUGGUUCCACGCCAUCAUCCAAGAGCGCCUGCGCUACGCGCCGCUGGGCUGGUCCAAGAAGUACGAGUUCGGGGAGUCCGACCUGAGGUCAGCCUGUGACACGGUGGACACGUGGCUGGAUGACACGGCCAAGGGCAGGCAGAACAUCUCUCCUGACAAGAUCCCCUGGUCUGCGCUGAAGACCCUGAUGGCCCAGUCCAUCUACGGGGGGCGCGUGGACAACGAGUUCGACCAGCGUCUGCUCAACACCUUCCUCGAGCGGCUCUUCACCACCCGGAGCUUCGACAGCGAAUUCAAGCUGGCCUGCAAGGUGGACGGGCACAAGGACAUUCAGAUGCCCGACGGCAUCAGGCGAGAGGAGUUUGUGCAGUGGGUGGAGCUGCUCCCCGACACGCAGACGCCCUCCUGGCUGGGCCUGCCCAACAACGCCGAGAAGGUGCUCCUCACCACCCAAGGCGUGGACAUGAUCAGUAAGAUGCUGAAGAUGCAGAUGCUGGAGGAUGAGGACGACCUGGCCUACGCCGAGACGGAGAAGAAGACCAGGACGGACUCCACGUCUGACGGGCGCCCGGCCUGGAUGAGGACCCUGCACACCACGGCGUCCAACUGGCUGCAGCUCAUCCCGCACACGCUGAGCCCGCUCAAGCGCACGGUGGAGAACAUCAAGGACCCUCUGUUCAGGUUCUUUGAGAGGGAGGUGAAGAUGGGGGCGAAGCUGCUCCAGGACGUGCGCCAGGACCUCGCGGACGUGGUGCAGGUGUGCGAGGGGAAGAAGAAGCAGACCAACUACCUGCGCACGCUCAUCAACGAGCUGGUGAAAGGGAUCCUGCCGCGGAGCUGGUCGCACUACACGGUGCCGGCCGGCCUCACGGUCAUCCAGUGGGUGUCGGACUUCAGCGAGCGCGUCAAGCAGCUGCAGAGCAUCUCGCAGGCCGCCGCGGCGGGGGGCGCCAAGGAGCUCAAGAACGUGCACGUGUACCUGGGCGGGCUGUUCGUGCCCGAGGCGUACAUCACGGCCACGCGGCAGUACGUGGCGCAGGCCACCAGCUGGUCCCUGGAGGAGCUGUGCCUGGAGGUGAACGUCACCGCCGCGCAGGGCGCCGCCCUGGACGCCUGCAGCUUCGGGGUCACAGGUCUGAAGCUGCAGGGGGCCACGUGCAACAACAACAAGCUGUCGCUGUCCAACGCCAUCUCCACCGUCCUCCCGCUCACUCAGCUGCGCUGGGUCAAGCAGACCAACGCCGAGAAGAAGGCCAGCGUGGUGACCCUGCCCGUGUACCUGAACUUCACCCGGGCGGACCUCAUCUUCACCGUGGACUUUGAAAUCGCUACCAAGGAAGACCCUCGAAGCUUCUACGAGCGGGGCGUGGCCGUGCUGUGCACGGAGUGAGGCGCCACGGCCCCGCGUCCCAGCGGGACUCCGCGGCAGGCGCUCGCCCCCGGCCUGCGGGCGCGGACUGGCGGGGGAGGGAAGCGCGGGGACGGCGAGACGAAGCGCGUGGUUUUACGGGGUGGAUGCGGGGCUGGUUUUAUGAAAUAAAACACUAAGCACGACUGGC